UCACUCUUAAGUCUUCAGUCUUCAGUCUUUUACCUACCUAGCCUAAUAGCCAAAUUCUUUAACUUUUGUUCUCUUGUUGUUUUAGUACUACUACUACUAGUAGUAGCUCUGUCUAUUAUCAUGGAACACCAACAAAACUAUCAACAACAUUUGACAAACAACAUAGAAGAUGGUGGUGUUAGCAGCAAAAACAACAACAGUUUCAUGUGCAGGCAAAGCAGUAGUAGGUGGACACCGACAAGCGAUCAGAUAAGAAUAUUGAAGGAUCUUUACUACAACAAUGGAGUUAGGUCUCCAACUGCUGAACAGAUUCAGAGGAUCUCUGCUAAGUUGAGACAGUACGGAAAGAUUGAAGGUAAAAAUGUGUUUUAUUGGUUUCAGAACCAUAAAGCUCGUGAAAGGCAAAAGAAGAGGCUCAUUGCUGCUGCCUCUGCCACUACUGAUAACAAUAAUAAUAUUCCCCCCAUGCAAAUGAUACCUCAUCUUUGGAGAUCUCCUGAUGACCACCACAAGUAUAACAACAACAGCAAUGGUGUUCACUGUACAUCAGCUUCUUCACAUGGGGUACUAGCAGUUGGACAGACUGGAAACUAUGGUUAUGGAACGUUGGCUAUGGAGAAGAGCUUUAGGGAGUGUUCAAUAUCACCACCAGGUGGUAGUUCAAUGAAUCAUCAAAAUUUCACAUGGGUUGGUGUUGAUCCGUACAAUAUGAAUACUACUUCUCCAGCAGGUUACCCAUUUGUUGAAAAGAGUAACAACAAACAUUAUGAAGAAACCCUAGAAGAAGAAGAGCAAGAAGAAGAAAAUUACCAAAGGGGAAACUCUGGUUUAGAAACUCUGUCACUUUUUCCCAUGCAUGAAGAGAACAUGAUCUCAAAUUUCUGCAUCAAACAUCAUGAGUCUUCAGGAGGAUGGUACCCUUCUGAUAAUAACAACUUGGCUGCUCUUGAACUCACUCUCAACUCUUUCAUUGGAACAUCCCCUGAUUACCCCUAAAUUACUCUAUAUUUGGUUUCUUGUUAAUUUAGUCUUAUGUUAGUACUUAGUACUAGUAAACUAAUUUGGUACGUGUGCCAAGCUUUGGACCAUAUGGUAAUGUGUAUUAAUAUAAUGUUAAUCUAAGUUGUACUAAUAUUGUUGAUUAAAGUACGGAAAAUUUUACUA